UUGACUGUGGUUUGGCAGGGGGCAGGUGAAUCCACCUUCGGCAGGCAUUUUGGUUGCCGAACUGAUAGGGCAGUGUCGGUUGGGCCGGGGUAGGGCGCGGGGCUCAGGCUCCGGGCCCGGGACUACGGGGCGCUGGCUGGAGCCCGGCGGUCAUGUUCCGUCGGCCCCUUUGCAUUCAGCCCCGCCGCCACGCCGAAUUCUGCUCAGUGAGUUUAAUUGGGCACCUCCGAGAGAUUUGCCUUGAAAGAAACGGGUUUUGAUUUUGGGGAUCACAUCUUUGUGUUCCCCACCUUCCACAUGGUGACUUCCAGGGACCAAUGCGCUUUGCUCUGGAGUUUCUUGUUGGAAAGUGCCCUUGACUGGAGGUGUUUGCUUCGUGUGUGUCGUGACCGGCGACUCUGUUUCUCCUUUUCAUCCAAGACUGACCCACGAAGUAAUGUUGUUAAGUAAAUGUAGAGGUGUCCGCCAGUGUCACCCGAUUUUUCACAUUUUGUUUUGGUUUCUGCUAGGCCGCGUUCACAUUUACUCCCAGUACCUUUCCUACAUUCCUUGAUCUGAUUUCUGUAUGAAGAAAAAAAAAACAUGAAAGGAGACAGUGUUUAAUAUCCCUAUACUUUUGAUGUCUCUUAAUUUCAGAGUCUGUUUAGUAAAACAUGAGGUCCUUUUCAAGGCAGUCGUUUGGAGGACAGCUGUUUUUAUGAAAGUAUCUCCGUUUGCUGUUACCAUUUUGAGGUCAUUCGACUGGAGUUUUUACUGUUCCAAAAAUCAAUUUUUCCACCGAAUUUCAGUUUUGUGAUCAAAGUUUACGUGAGAUGGAAGAUUUUCGAGGUAUAGCUGAAGAGUCCUUUCCAAGCUUUUUAACCAAUUCAUUACUUGGUAAUAGUGAGAUUUUGGAAAAUGUCACUCUUUCUUCAAAUCUUGGCUUACCUGUUGCUGUUUCAACACUUGCUAGAAAUAGAUCCAUGACUGAUAACAGGUGUUCUGAUAUCCAGGCAUCUUAUUUAGCAGAAAGGAGGUUUUCAGUUCCAUCGGAGUCAUCUCCCAGUAGCCAGAGUGAAGCUGAAUCAAGAGAGAAGUUACACCUUAGCUUCCAGGAUGAUGAUUGUAUCUCUAAGAAAAAGAACCAUAUAGAAAGUCAGCAUUUGUCAGAUGCUGUUCUCGAAGAGUCUGAUUUGCAGAGAAAUAUAGCAAGAACAGAAGAGGAGCAGGCUAAAACUGCAGAAUCCUUUCAGAGCCAAAAUCAUUUUGAUAGGAUUUCACCACUGGAACAAGUGCAAGACUCGCCUAUUGAUUUUUGUUUACAAUCAUGGACGAAUAAUAAGGAGAACAAGAUUGUUGUUCCUCAUGCUGGAAAGAAAUUUGAAGACAGGAAUCCAAACAAUGACUUAAGCUACACUAGUUUAUUAGAAAAUGAGAAACUUAUGUCACUGGCAAGCUUGGAUGAUUCUUCUGAUGACGAUAUUGAUGAUGAAGAGUUUUAUGAUGAACAUUUGGAGGCUUAUUUUGAGCAACUGGCUAUUCCAGGAAUGAUAUAUGAAGACCUAGAAGGACAAGAACGUCCAGAAAAAGAUUUUAAAUUACCUGCAAAUGAUCCAUUUCAGGCAAAUGAAAAUGGUAGCUUGAACUAUAAAUCUCAAUCAGAAAAUAACAGCUCUCUGACUUCCCAUGGCUCACACUCUUCAGGAAAUUCUGAAACAAUCCACAAAGAGUCUGAAGAAGGCCAUGUUGUUUGUGUGCCUGGGAUCAGUAAAUUUAUAGAUACUGGAGAUAGUAGAAGGCAUGUAGAUGGUGUGUUAUCAUUUUCUUCUAGUACUCAGAGAACUGAGCAAGAGAAAGAAAGGGCAGACAGUUUGAAGGGUAUUAUGUCACAUCAUGGCAGAGAGAGCGUAAGAGAAGAAGUUCCUGUGAAGACUAUCAGGGCUACUAAUGCGAAAUUUAACCCUGUUUAUUUUCAUGACACAAAUGCCAGUGAAGGUGAUUUUGAUGUAAUGGACCCUUUAAAGCUGGAGGCCAGGUCUCUUCAUCAAAAUAAGCACUUGGCAUCUGGUUCAAAAACAGUUUUACCUAUGGAUAGAUGUUUAGACACGGAGACUCCUAAAGUGUCCAUUCAAAAAUAUACGGACAGAGCAUCUUUGAAGCCUGUUAGUGACAAUGAAAUUAAUUCCACUGAUACUCUUCAGUCACCAACAAGUGAAAGAAGGACAUGUGAAUGUUACAAGUCCACUGAAAAGAGUAAAGAGCAAAUAGAUCUGCCACAGAGUGUGGUCUAUCAAAAUGAAGAGGGCAGAUGGGUCACUGACCUUGCAUAUUAUACAUCUUUUAAUAAGGAACAAGUUUUAAAUAUGGCUCUAACUGAUGAGAUGAAUGAAGACUUCAGAUCUGGUUCUGAAGCAUUGGAUUUGAUUGCACAAGAUGAAGAGGAAUUUAAUAAAGAGCAUCAAUUUAUGCAGGAAGAAAAUAUAGAUGCCCAAAACACUUCAGCUGCACUAGGGGAUACGUCUUGGGGAACUUCAAUUAAUUACAGUUUGUUGAGAAAAUCACUUAGCACAUCAGAUUUGGACAAAGAUGAUGCCAGUUAUUUACGCCUGUCUUUAGGAGAGUUCUUUGCUCAAAGAUCUGAAGCUCUUGGUUGCCUUGGUGGUGGUUACAAUGUGAAAAGACCAUCAUUUGGUUAUUUUAUUAGAUCACCAGAGAAGAGAGAACCUGUUGCUCUCUUAAGAAAAUCUGAUGUAUCAAGAAGUAAUUUGGAAAAAGAAAUGGCUCAUGUUAACCAUGAUGUAUUUUCAGGAGACCUAAAACUACAGCUAAGUGAAGAAUCAGUUACACUUCAGGCUGAAGAACUGGAGAAUAUUUCACAAGUGGAUGAAAGUGAUGUGACAUUAAUGGCCAGUAACAGCAAAAUAGAGGACACUUCCUUCAUGAGUAGCAAACCCCAAAGAUACAAAAGCAAGCCACCUACUGGUGGUGAUUCUGUACUUAGGAUAAGCACCAUUGCUUCAGCCAUUGCAGAUGCAUCAGUGAGUACUGAUCCUUCCCAACUUGCUGCCAUGAUCAAGGCACUUUCAAAUAAAACCAGAGAGAAGACUUUACAGGAAGACGAUAAACAAAAGGACUAUUCCAUUGUGUCUCAGUUUGUGCCUAAUGAUACAGAAAAAAGUAAUGGAUCCAGCAUGUUUGAUAUGGAGAAAUACCUUAAAAAAACAGAAGUUAGUAGGUGUGAAGGUGGGCUGGAAAACUUUUCAAGAGCUGGUGUGUCUGAUAUUUGGGAUUUAUCUUUACCAAAAGAACAGACUACACAAGAUAUCCAUACAGUGGACUUAGAUGCUGCUAAUAUAAGGGAACCAGAAAAAAAUACAGCAUGUACUUUUUAUGGUGAAAAUGGAGAGCACAAGAAUCAAGAAUCAUUUAGAGCAAGCUCUCCAAAUUCAAUUCUUACAAAUAGAAAAGAGAGUGAAAGUGCAAUAGUUGAUGUGAAGACAUACCCUAUUGAUAACAAAUUACCAGAUAUUGGCAAUCACAAAACAGCCACCUCAGUAUGCACUCCAAUACCUAAUAAUUAUUCCUUAGUAAAGAACCCCAGAGUAGCAUCCGUUUGGAUGUCAGAAGAGUGUGAAGAAAUACAAAAUAAUAGAGAAAAUCAGAGCCAAAAUGAGUAUCUUAGUGAAGGAAGCAACAGUGAAAAACAUGUGACUUUUGGAAAACAUUCCAUAAUUGCGCCUAAAAAUGUUGAUUUGAAAAAUCACUCUCCUGAGCAUGGUGAACACAGCUCAGAGGACGACCAGGAAAGCUUCAGACCUUCCUCCUCUCCACUGAGUCAUUCUUCUCCUAGUGAAAUAUCUGGAACAAGUUUAUCAGGGUGUGCUUCAGAGUCUUCUGGUUCAGCAGCUCAUCAGAAGCUUCCCUGUGAGAGUGAGUUGUCUCAGUUGGUGUGUCCACAAGCUAGUGUGAGUAGGCUGACUUAUGUGUCUGAACAAGAGAGCACCCGUCCCACUCUAGCCUCAGAUCAUUGCCUUGAGGACUGCAAGAGUGAUGUCACCAGUGAAUUGAGUACCACAAUUAUUCAAGCCAGUCCAGUUCCAUCAGAGGAACAGGCUGUGGAAAAACUGACAGAAAAAGGUUCAUUUCAAAGUAGAAGUAAAGGAGCACUAUCGUAUAUUAUCCAAAAAGACUCCGAUACAGGCAAUGUGGCAGAAAUGACUUCUCUGAGUAGCAAACCUGAAGAUGCAAAACCUUACUUUAGGUUGAGUGAAGAUCUUUCCUCCAAGAGUGGAGAUCUAUCGGAAGCCAGUGCAGUCGGGUUGACCUCUCACCCCACUGAAUUGGACCAGAUGGGCCUGGCUCUACUGAGCAAGACAGGUCUCGCCCGCCCAGCCAUGUCAGCGAUGCCACACCUCCCUGUGUCACGUCAGGCUUCUGUGAACGAAAGUGAAAGAGUAUCCUCAGAAGAUCCGCUAACUGCCAGCAAUGCAGUAAGUGGCCAGAUUCCUCAUCGGAUGGCCCCUGGAAACGAGGGCGCCCCUAUUCCCAGCACCAUGGCUCGUGGCUCUGCUCCUGAGAUGCAGAACGUGCCCACUGCACUUCCUACACUCUUGACUCAACAUUCUUUUACCACGGCUCCCUUUGCCCAGCACUAUUUAGGAACACUGUCUUCAGCUGGAAAUGUUGUUUUGCCUCAGUGCCAUGCUGGCAGCGCCACUGUCUGUGGAUUUUCGGGAAGCUGUCCUUAUUCUGCUGUUGCAGGAGAGCAUGUUCAGAACUCUGUGGCCAUGGGAAUUUGUCUAGGGCAAAAUACCAGCUCUGGAUUGAUGGGUACCUCUUCCCUUUAUAACCCAUAUUCUAAUGCCUUAAAUCAGAAUCUUCUAAGUACGGCAAAACCUUUUCCCGUGCAGUCCGUUGGUACAAACUGUGGAAUUGAACCAUGGGAUUCAGGAAUGCUGUCAGGAUUUGGGAAAGUCAGAGUACCUGAGGAGUUGAAGUUUCCUCAUGCUUGCUGUGUUGGCAUUGCUUCCCAGACCCACCUUAGUGUACUUAACCCAACUGACCGCUGGCUACAGGUCAGCAUUGGGGUUCUCACUGUUAGUGUUAAUGGUGAAAAGGUGGAUCUUUCAGCAUAUCCUUGUUUAGUUUUCAAGAAUAAAGUCAUCAUGAGACCUCAUGCCACAGAAGAGAUAAAAGUACUUUUCAUACCAUCUGAUCCUGGGAUUUUCAGAUGUAUAUUCAGUGUUGCUUGUUGGCCAUUUUCAGCAGAUGCUGAGACCAUAGCACAAGCAGAAGCCUUGGCAAGCAGAGUCGUUCUCACAGCUGUUGCUGAGAUGCCUGUGAUUGAGGUAGAAACAGAAAAAAAAGAUGUUCUUGAUUUUGGUGACUUGACUUAUGGAGGCUGGAAAGCUUUGCCAUUAAAAUUGAUAAACAAGACUCAUGCCACUGUGCCAAUCAGACUUGUUAUUAAUGCUAAUGCCAUAGCCUGGCGCUGCUUCACAUUUUCCAAGGCACCCAUCCAUGCUUCUCUGAAAGCAGCUCUGUAUGCUGACAUGAUUGCUCAGCUGGCAGCUCCUUCUGUGGUCAACCACAUGAUGCCUGCCAGUUAUGACGGACAGGAUCCAGAAUUUCUGAUAAUUUGGGUUCUUUUCCAUAGUCCAAAGAAACGGAUCACUUCUUCAGAGAUUUUAGGCUCAGCAGAAGAGUUCUUGGCAAGAGUCGAUAUAGAAGUUGAUAGCCCAAACCCUACCCCAGUCAUUAAAAGUAUUGGUCUUCAAGCAAGAACAGGAAUAGCUAGGAUACAUGCUCCAAAAGACUUACAGACUAUGCACCUGUUUGCCAGUUUGGCUUCCUCAGCAAAGCAGCACUUACCUUUGAAAAAUGCAGGGAAUAUUGAUGUUUACUUAGAUAUCAAGAUCCCAGACCAAGGAAGUCACUUUUCAGUGGAUCCAGAGAAUCUAUUCCUUAAACCUGGAGAAGAACAUGAAGUUAUAGUUACAUUUACUCCAAAGGAUCCCAAAGCCUGUGAGGAAAGGAUCUUGAAAAUAUUCGUGCAGCCAUUUGGACCACAGUAUGAAGUGAUGUUAAAAGGUGAAGUAGUUUCUUCAGGAAAUAAACCUCUAAUACCUGGAUCUUGCUGCUCAGAUGUUCCAUCAAUUUUGUCCAACAAGCAGUUUCUGGCCUGGGGGGGUGUCCCUCUUGGUAGAAUACAGCUUCAGAAGCUAGCUUUAAGAAAUAAUUGUACAUCUACAACCCAGCAUCUGCGACUGCUCAUUAGAGGACAAGACCAGGACUGCUUUCAGCUUCAGCACACUUUUGGUUCAGAAGAGCGACUGACCAGUAACUGUGAGAUUAGAAUGCGUCCAAAGGAAGACAUUUACAUCUCUGUGUUAUUUGCUCCUACUCGAUUAUCUUGUAUGUUGGCUAAACUAGAAAUUAAACAACUGGGAAUUCGAUCACAACCAGGCAUUAAGUUCACGAUACCUUUGUCUGGAUAUGGAGGAACAAGUAAUCUUAUUUUGGAAGAUGUUAAAAAGUUAUCUGACAGUUACAUGGUAACAGUGAAUGACUUAAUACCUGGAAAAGAAAGUAGAAUUGUUUUUUCUGUUCAUAACACUGGCUCUCGGGCAGCUUUUGUUAAAGCAGUAGGUUUUAAGGAUUCUCAGAAAAAAAUUUUGCUGGAUCCUAAAGUAUUAAGGAUUUUUCCAGAUAAAUUUGUGCUCAAGGAAAAAACACAAGAAGAUGUUACUAUAAUAUAUAAUCCUUCAGACAGAGAGAACAGUUCUACAACUAUAACAGAAAUGUCAACUGUAUACUUCUUUGGUGGUGAUGAAAUCUCAAGGCAGCAGUAUCGAAGAGCCCUAUUGCACAAACCAGGGAUUAUAGAACAAAUACUUCCAGAACAUAGUGUGCUGCAGAACAUUGAUUUUGCUGAAACGUUUCAGGAUGAGUUACAAGUAACUGAAGUGUAUGAUCUUCCCCAACGGCCUAAUGAUAUUCAGCUCUUUUAUGGAAACAUGCGUAAAAUUAUACUUUCAGUAAUUGGAGAAUUCAGAGAUUCCGUGUCUAGCAGUGAAUUCCUUCAGCCUUCUUCCAAAGCUAGCAUAGAAUCUAAAAGUGAAUCUGACAGUUCUGGGAAACAUGGUGGCAAUGUUUCUUUGGAUGUUUUGCCAGUUAAAGGUCCUCAAGGUUCUCCACUUCUUUCAGAAGCUGUUCGCCCACCUCAAGAUAAAUCAUUCUCAAAGGAAAUGUGGGCUGUCCAGCCUGAACACUUGAUUUUGAUAGCUCCUUCUCCUUGUGACCUGGCAAAAACUGCAUGUUUCCAGAUUUUAAAUAAUUCCAUUAGGUUACUGAAAUUUGAGUUGUACUGGCCAGCACAUUGCCUUACAGUAACACCACAACAUGGAUUUAUCCCACCAGAGAGUAAGCUACAAAUUCUUGUGAGUCCUAAUUCCUCCUUAUCCACAAAACAGUCAAUGUUCCCAUGGAGUGGUUUGAUUUAUAUACACUGUGACAGUGGACAGAAGAAAAUUGUGAAAGUUCAAAUUCAAGAAGACUUGACCCAAAAAGAACUCCUCACUCGUUUGGCUUCCAGCCCAUUUGGAAUCCUUUCCCCAGGAACUGAGCCUUCAGUUUGUCAUCUGGUAAAACCAAUGACAAAACCACCUUCCACAAAAGUUGAGAUAAGAAACAAGACUGUUACUUUUCCUGCAACAGAACCUGGUGAAACUUCAGAAAAUUUUCUGGAACUUGAGAAUCAUGGUAACACAGAAGUGAAGUGGCAUCUGUCAUCUUUAGCUCCACCUUAUGUCAAGGGAGUCAAUGACAGUGGAGAUGUCUUUAGAGCUACCUAUGCAGCAUUCAGAUGUUCUCCUAUUUCUGGUAUACUGGAAAGCCAUGGAAUUCAAAAGGUCUCCAUCAUGUUUUUGCCCAGAGAUAGAGGAGAUUAUGCUCAGUUUUGGGAUGUUGAGUGUCACCCCCUUAAAGAGCCUCACAUGAAACAUACCUUGAGGUUUCAACUCUCUGGACAAAGUGUCAAAACAGAAAAUGAGCCUGAAAAUUCAGAAAUUUCCACAAACUCUCUCAUUAAACUAGAUAAUUUAGUUAAACCCCGGAGACCAGCUGUAUCAGAGGCUUCUGCUCUCGUACCUGGGCUUGAUUACAACUCGUGGAAAGGACUGGAAGGAAAUAAAUGGGAAACAUGGGAAACAUGACACAGGGAGCUUGAUGUGUGAUACCUGGGAAGAGCCUCCCUGAAAUGGGACCUUUAAGUUGAGGAGGAUGAAUGGAAAUGAUGGAGGUAAAGAGCAUAGGAAAAGUUCCCAGCAUUGUGAGGACUGGCUUGUGGGGAUCGUUGGCCCUCGAGGAACCAAAGGCAGCACAUAGGCCUAGAGCCCAGAGGGAGGGAGAGUAUGUGAGGGGAGGCCAGAGGGUGGGUGGGCAGAGGCAGACCACACAGAGCCUUGCAUGUCAGAUGUUAACUUGGGGGUUUAUUUGGGAAGCUGUUGGAAACCACUGAGUGACAUGAUCAGAUUUCAGUAUUUAUAGAAAAAUCCUCUGUCUGUGGUACAGGCUGAUUAGGAGGGGGCCAGGGUAGAUAUGGUAAAACAAGUCAGAAGCUAUUAUUAACCAGACCAGGAUUAAAGUAGUGUCAAGGAAAAUGAUGAGAAAUGGAUAGAUCUGAGAGGUAUAUAGGAAGAAAAUUUGAAGGACUCAGUGGAUGGGUUGAGUAAGGGGGCUUGAGAGAGAAAGAGGGUCAAGGUUGGCUCUCAGAAAAACAAGUGGAGGGUCAGGUUUGAGGAGAAAGAUCCCGGGUUUAGUCUGUAUUUAUGGUGACAUAUCAUUGUGUGGUGAUAGGCAUGUUGCCCAGAGGCUCAGAUCUGGAAGUAAUGAGGUCGGGUCGAUGGAUCACUGAGAUGGGAUUGCCUACGGAGACUGCAGGAAGAACAGUUAGGGAUGUUGAGGACUAGGCCAACGGGACAGCAGCAUUGGCAGUGAGGGAGUGGGCAUUAGCCUGCUCAGACUGAGUAUGGCAUCUAGGUCACUGCCAUCAAAUGCUGCCAAGAGGCCAGAGCUUGUGUUCCACUCUCAGGGUAGUCUGUCCUGAAAAAUGGGGAUCAUCCCAUGGACUGCACUGGGAGUGGUCCAGCUGAAAUGGACUAAGGUGAAGGGAACACCUGUGGAUGCAUUGAGUGUGAGCUGAGCGGGGAGCUAGAGCCCCACCCCCCCUGAGGAGAAAGGGGUACUGUCCUGUCCCACUUAGUGGCUGAUCCCGCACCUUAUCUGAGUGCUCUGGUGGGCAUUUUCUCUUCACACAGACUAGUGAAGUUGCUGUUACAGAACUAUUUUCUGAGUUGUGAGAGAAAACACAAAUCAACACUUUUAAGAUUAAUGUAUAUAGCCUAACUUACUGUGGAAUUUAU